CUGUAACACACUAGCAAGCAGCCAGGCCUGCUGAAAGGGCCCUAGACCAGCGCAACGCUCGCCCAGACGCUCUCGUGCACUCGUACUGAUGCCUGCUUCCGCCCCAUGAUGCAUGCGCUACUCCUUUGCGCGCUAGGCCUCGCUGCAGCUUUGCACGCUCCGACAGGCAUAAUUGCAGCACCGUCGGCGCGCGAGCUCGAACGGGUGGCUCCACAGCUGAUAAGUGAUGGUGACCGUGUGCUGUGUGCCGGGCUGGCGCUUGGAAGUCAAAUUGAGAUGCUCAACCGUCUCGCGAAUCGCGUCGUGAGUGUGGACGUGCCGCGCAAAGAGUCGCGGAGCAGGCGAGAGCUCUUUCAGAGCGAUGCGGUGACCGACUUUCGCCCACUGACGCGUGCUGGCGACGUCACGGCAGUCCUGCGACCAGACGAAUGCUUCGAUUGCGUCGUCGUCGACGCGGCGGCUCUGCUCGGCUUCGACCUGCCGCUCGAUACGCUGGCGCUCUGCGAGGCGCUGCGGCGGCGCCAAGAAACGCCGCCCACAGUCCUCGUUCGCUCCUCAGCGCUAGCUACACUUGCCGGGAGACUGGCCGCUGGAGACGAUUUGGAACGCAUCGCCCGCAUACUACAAAUGCACGACGAACGGCCCAGCCUCGACGAAACACGCAUCUACGAAGCGCAACCCGUGAUAGUCGGCGCGAGGGGCGUGCGCGAGUACCGGAACUGCAUCGAGACCGUGGUCCGGCCCGGAGAUCGCAUCCUAGAGUUGGGGUGCCACUUCGGUACCACUACUGCUAUCCUCGCCGAGGCGGUCGGUCCCGGCGGCUACGCGAUGGGGGUUGACGUUGGGCCCUCAAUUAUUGCGUCGGCAAAGGGACAACACCCGACAAUUGACUUCAGGGUCGGCGACGCCUGGGGCGUGGGCGGCCUCGCGGCAGAGGGCCCCUGGGAUGCCGUAUUUGUGGACGUCGGCGGCCUUUCCGGCGCGGACGGUACUUUGGACGCCCUCGCCCUCGCGCGAUCGCUCGGCGCGGCCCUGGAACCGCGCGCCGUAGUGCUCAAAUCAAAGUGCCUGCGGAGGCUCGCGAAGAGCCUCACGCCGUCGCCGCGCCUCGGAAACGCGUGGGACCAUGAGAGGAUAGAAUAUGUGUAAUGCUGUGCGGUAGC